CAUUCCUUUUUGUUCUUCCCAUUUCCUUUUUUAGCAUUUCUUUUUGUUCUUCCCCUACUGAAUCUUUACUAUUUUUGGCCAUAGUUUUUUUACCAAUUUACCCUAAGAUUCCCCACUAUUUACAAAAAAUACCCUAAGAUUCUACCCUUUCCCACCCACUUUUACCCCACCCACCUUAUUUUAUUAAUUAACCUAACCCUACCCCCCCUCCCUUUAUUACCCGUCCCUAUCUCUCAAUCCCUCCCUCACCUCUCAUUCUGAUUUCUCUCUCUCACCUCUUCGGAUCUCUCUCUCUCUCUUAUUUCACUCUCUCUCUCUCUUAAAAUUCCUCCCCUGUUCUUGAGAAAACCCUAGGUUUUCCGCCUCUGAUCUGGGUUUUCCUCUCCAAAUCUCGCAAAUCUGAAACGUUUUCGCAGAAAAACGUUCAUAAAAAUUACUCGGAAUCAUUUUCCGAUCAGAUCCCCUCUAUUUUUGUCCCCUUUUUGGUCCCUAAUCGUCGCCGAUCUCUGUUUUUCUGGUACUUUAUGGGUUCUUCUUUGUCUAGAACUCGAGGUGAUUCUGGGGUGGGAACUUCUGGUCAAAGAAUCCCCGAUUCCAACUGUGAUUGGGGAUCCAAGUGCAACUGUCCCAAUAACGAGCAUUCCUACUCCGCCGAAUAUAAAAACAAUCUGUAUUUGGCCCAAAAAGAAAAUACGAGUACUCGAAACUAUUUGGAAGAAUGGUUUCGGAAGAGGGAAGUGGAGCCAGGAGAGGAGGUUGAGUCAAAAUAUGACGAUCGGAAACCCACUCCCUCAGAUCUGCGUUUUUUCGGUGAAGGAGAUUCCGAUGAGGAACCAAGUGGGUCUGAUUCAUUUGAUCUGGUGUAUGUUGGAGAGUGUGAAAAUGAGAAUGGUGAUGCUGUUGGGUCUCCAGGACAACUUUCAUCUGGUUAUCCCUCCUCAAAGAAAGGAGAAAAGGGAAAAAAAUCGGCUUCAGCAUCUGAUGAUGCUUAGAUAAGUCUGUCUCCUUUCUCCCUUUUUUCAUUUUAUUGAAUGCUGGCUAGCUGUGGAGUCAUAAGGUGGAUGCCAACAACUGUGAUCUGUUGUUGGCCAGGGGUGUUGUUGUUUGGAUGAUGAUGUUGUGAUUAGUUGUAUGGAUGUUGAUGUUAGAUAAUGAUGUUAUGAAAUUGAUAUUGAUAAUGAUGAUUGGAUGAUGGUGUUUCCAUAUGGUUAUGAAAUUUUGUGGAAUGUUGUCUGUGUGAUGAACAUGAUUUGAUGGCUAAAUGUCCCCUGUUUUAUGGUAUGUUUUGUGUAUGAUAAAUAUGAUGCUUUGGUGAGUAUGAGAUUUGAUCAGUAUAACUAUGUUUUGGAUUAGUAAAGGCAUGAAAUGAAUAUAAUUUGGGGAUAGGGUUUGAGUUAUUUCAGUCCUCUCAGUGUGGCCUGGUGUUGAAUGCUUAAUGUCCAAGCAUGUCCCUUUAGGAUACAAUAAUGUCCCUUUAUUUAUUGUGAUCGAUGAUGAGUCUUUUUUUUGCUGAGGAACAAGUCCAACUAACCACAAAUGCUCGUGCUGCCAUUAGUAUCAGUAAUGAUAUUUCUCGGGCGCUAAGUGUUUGUGGUUUGGAGUUGUUUUAAUGAUGCUUGGGGACAUUCUGAGAUCAAUAUUAGGAGGUUUGUGAUCUUCAAUGAUGUGAUUGUUGAUAUUCUGAGAUCUUUGUUUUGAUAAUUGUCCUUUAACUUCUUUUGUCGAACGGAGUGAAUGUCAUUUCACACAAUGGAAUGUGAAUAUCAAUCAUUCCGUUCGGCAGAAGAAUGUUAAAGAUAUGAUAGUAUUGAAACUACUUGAUCAAUGAUGUGUGUCAAUAUGUCUGAGAAAUGAAACCCUACAUGUUAAUGAUCUGUUUAAUGCUUCAUGUCCCAUUAAUCAGUGGAGGUCUGUGAUGAGUCUUUCAUUUGAUGAGGUUCAAACCCUAUGUUUUGAUCAGUUCAUGGUGAUCUGAUGCAUUGUUGAUUGUUAUUGUUAUGCUUGAUCUGUGAUGAGUCUUUCAUUUGCUGAGACUCAAA